UCUUGGUAGAAGCUUAGAAAGACAUCGUGUCUUCGCAACUACCUCAAUCAACAACCUGCGCUUAGGGUCAAGUUCAGUCCACACUGUAACUCAAAUUUCUUUGCUCCCUUUCGAUGAAUAACGCCGCAGACUCCGCCAGCGAGAUCUCACCGGAGAUGAGGGCCGCCGAGAGCGACAGUGGUGGGCCCAGGCCCACGAUCAAGGUUAAUGUUUCGUACGGUACCUCCCACCAUGAAGUUCACCUCCCGGCCCAAUCAACUUUCGGGGAUGUAAAGAAACUACUUGUCAAUAAAACUGGUUUAGAGCCUGAAGAGCAAAGACUUUUCUUCAGAGGGAUAGAAAAAGGUGAUAAUCAGCAUUUGCACCGUGAAGGUGUAAAGGACAAGUCAAAGAUUUUACUUUUGGAGGGAAAUGCUAGCAAAGAAAAGAAACUUGAGGAAACCAGAAAACAAAAUGAGAUGUCUAAAGCUUUUGAGGCUAUUGCUGGUGUUAGAGCUGAGGUGGACAAGCUCUCAAAUAGGGUCACUGCCAUAGAAGUAGCUAUAAAUGGUGGGAAUAAAGCUGCUGAGAAAGAGUUUCUUGUGUUGACAGAGUUGCUUAUGAGUCAAUUGCUAAAACUGGACGGUAUUGAUGCUGAAGGUGAAGCGAAGUUGCAGAGAAAAGCUGAGGUGCGUCGUGUGCAGACCAUAGUGGAUAAAUUAGAUUCUCUAAAGGCAAGAAACUCCAAUCCUUUUAUCAACAAUAGCAACGCUGUCAAGGUAACAACCCAAUGGGAAACCUUUGACUCUGGAAUGGAAAGCUCGGGUACCCGAUCAGAUAACUCACCUUCAACAAAAAUAUCUCAAGAUUGGGAGCGAUUUGAGUAGGCUCAGAAAUUGUUUGGGAACAUUGAAGUUAUAACUCUUGUAUAACCUGCUCACCCUUGUUCCAGAUUCAUUUUUUAUGUUUGCUUGAACUCUUGCCUUCUGAUAUGGUACGCAGAAGUUUUAAUGGGAGAAAUAUUCUCUCAAAGCUAAAGUGGCAUGUGUUAAGUCUAUCUCUUGCACAUGAUUUUAGGAUAAACAUGUAUAUGAAACUGUAUUUAUACUUGAAUAUUAUUGCAUCCUUAUAUAAGUUUUUUUGUCUUCUGUUUGUGAA